CUACAGCUGGCUACUAACGCUCUGGAAGAGGCGUUCCAGUAUCGUAUCCUCAACAAUGACAAGGAGCCGAUUGCCGCGUGCCUCUGGGUCUAUGUCGCGGCUGGUUUGUUGGAAGGCGACAUAUGCUCCGCCGAAACAGCCAAUGGGACGCCUGUUGAGACUUCUGUACGUUCUUGGGGAGGUAGAUGUGCAAGUUUUGCCUUUCACACCAAUCUGUGCUCACCGCAUACAGUGAGCGCCAGCACGAGGCUGGAUGGAGCGAACUAUCGAAUAAAUUUUCGCCUAAUUAACAGGCCUGGGAGUGAACUAUUAAAUAAACUUCCACCUUAUUUACGGGCCUGGUGGGAUGAGGUGAGCACGGUGCGCUACAGCGUUGUACACCGAUUCACACCACCACUGUGCCUCAUUGGCGUCCACCCCGACCACCAGUGUCGUGGGCUCGCUACACAGCCUAUAUCUCUCGCGCACUCAAAGUGCCGAGCGGUGACGUCUUUUUCCCGCCAGCUGCUAAAACGGCGAAGGUGCUAG